UCAAACGGUUGCUAGGCAACCGUCUGGCGUGGCUAUAGCCUGAACUGCAGCUGUAAGGCAGGAGAAAAAUUAGGAUUUUUCUUGGAUUGGGGGGGAGGGUUAGAGGGUAGCGACGGCUGGCCAGGAGCUUGGGGCUCCAGACAUGGAAAAGACUGAUACCAUUGACUUUAAGGCUCUGGAGAAGGAGUUGCAGGCUGCCUUAGCUGCUGACGAGAAAUACCGAAGAGAGAAUGCUGCCAAAUUCCGGGCUGUGGAACAGAAGGUGGCUUCCUAUGAAGAGUUCAGGGACAUUGUCCUUGCCUCACACCUGAAGCCUUUAGAGAGGAAGGACAAAAUGAAUAUCAAGAAGACAGUGCUUUGGAACUGCCAUGUGACAAGGACCACUGCCCAGACAGGCGUUACUCAGGAGGACAGCACUUAUAUCUCCCAGAAGGGAGAUUGUCAGCCUGAGACAUCAUCAGAUUUCUACAGGGCUUGGCGCCACUACCUACAGAGUGGACCAGAGCGUUACCAGGCCCUGUUACAGCUUGGGGCCCCCAACCUGGGCCACCUUUUCCGGGCAGAUGUGGGUUUUGGACUUCUGGGUGAACUGCUGAUGACAUUGGCAGAGAAUUUUAAGCCAGCUGACCAUGCUGCUGUUCUAGAGAUUCUUCAUAGCCUAUCCAGAACUGGCCGAUUUGGCCUCAAUCUGAGCUUGCUGAGCAAGGCUGAGAGAGAGAGCUGCCAAAAAUUAUUUCAGAAACUUCAAAGUAUGGAUGUUACCAGGCCCGCAGAAGAAGAACUGAGCUGUAAAGAGCAAGAGCUAGAGAAACCACACAGUGGGAAUGAUGGGGAUGAGAAACUCCUCCAGGAGCUAUCAGAGCUAUACCAAAUUGGCCAGAGAUGUUAUCUUUCUCAGAACAAACAGCAAACCUAACUAUCUAUUGGAGGUUUGUUUUUCCUAGACAGUCCUUAAUAUUGUUGGCCAUCUUGCUGCCUGACCCCAAACUUUUCCUUUUAGCCUUGUCCCUCCGGAACUGUGGCAAAAGAUUAGUUUUAUCCAUUCUAACUUUAAAUAGGUCUAUUUAAACCUAUAUACAUAUAUAUAUACUGUGAGAAAUUUGACUUCUCAUCCUUAAAACCUGCUAAGAAUCGUGCCCUUGCCCUAAGAUUAAAAUCCUCCAUCCUAGUGUUUACCACCAACCCGUGCAGGCAGAGUUUUAAAAUCUGUGAUUAAUUAUGUCCAUUAAUAUCUAUAGGGAUCUACCCCAUGCCAAUAAAGACAUUUUAUUGACA